CUAAUAAAUUACAAAUUCUUUAAAGCCCUACAAUUUCAUUUUCGCAAACCAACAACUCACCAAAUGAGCAGCACUGUCCGAAGUGUUUUUCUUAAUUUACUUCCACGCCUUUUAAUGAUGAGACGGCCAGUGUUUAUGAGACGAUUUCCACAAGGAAAUCGUUAUAGUUCCGCCUCUUCUUCCCAGUUAUUUGCAAAUUUUGAACGUGAUUUCCCCCAAAUCGGUCAACGUGGUAUUCCCCUUUUAAGAAGUACUGGACAGUUAGGAAAUACAAAUAAAUCGCCUUUAGCGACCAAAUUAGCAAAAAUUUAUAAUUCACCAAAAGCUUUACAAUCUUUUGAGAAUUUGUGUUUUAUAGCUGAAUUAUUGAAGAAAAAAGAUCGAGAUACAAAAGCCGAUAUGGAAUGGAAAUUUGUCGCUAUGGUUUUUGACCGCCUAUUUCUUAUCAUUUUUUCAAUUGCUUGUGUAUUUGGCACUUGUUGGAUUUUACUUCAAGCACCAACAUUUUAUGAUAAAAGACAACCUAAACAACCAAUGAUGAGUUUAUAA